ACAGAGCGAGCGAGCAAGCGAGCGGAGAAGCGCCUAGAGCCUGAGCGCCGGGCCGGUGGCGGCCGCGCCGGCGAGCGGACGAGCGGGCGGCGAGCAGCGCGGAGCGCGCGGGGCACCGAGAAGCGGGCGCGGCGGGCACCGCGGACGGCAGCCGGAGCUCUCGGAAAGGCCAGAGCGGCGCCGCCCACGCCGCCCCUGCGGGGCCCCGGCUGGGAGCCCGACAAGGGAGCGGGCGGCAUGGCCUGGCGGCCCGGGGCGCGGGGGCGCUAGGCCCCCGGAGGGGCGCCCCCCGCCUCGCCGCUGCCGCCGCCGCCCUCCGCAGCCGCGCGCCCCGCCCGCUCCAGCCGCCCCCGGGGCCGCCACCGGCCCAUGAGCCCCGGCCUCAAAGUUUGCGGCGGGCGGGCGGGCGCGGAGCCUCCAAGAUGCCGUUCCACCCGGUGACGGCGGCGUUGAUGUACCGGGGCAUCUACACCGUGCCCAACCUGCUGUCGGAGCAGCGCCCGGUGGACAUCCCGGAGGACGAGCUGGAGGAGAUCCGAGAGGCCUUCAAGGUGUUUGACCGUGAUGGCAAUGGCUUCAUCUCCAAGCAGGAGCUGGGCACAGCCAUGCGCUCACUGGGUUACAUGCCCAACGAGGUGGAGCUGGAGGUCAUCAUCCAGCGGCUGGACAUGGAUGGUGACGGUCAAGUGGACUUUGAGGAGUUUGUGACCCUCCUGGGACCCAAACUCUCCACGUCAGGGAUCCCAGAGAAGUUCCAUGGCACUGACUUUGACACUGUCUUCUGGAAGUGCGACAUGCAGAAGCUGACGGUGGACGAGCUGAAGCGGCUGCUCUAUGACACCUUCUGCGAGCACCUGUCCAUGAAGGACAUAGAAAACAUCAUCAUGACGGAGGAGGAGAGCCACCUGGGCACAGCCGAGGAGUGCCCCGUGGACGUGGAGACCUGCUCCAACCAGCAGAUCCGCCAGACGUGCGUACGCAAGAGUCUCAUCUGCGCCUUCGCCAUCGCCUUCAUCAUCAGUGUCAUGCUCAUUGCGGCCAACCAGGUGCUGCGCAGUGGCAUGAAGUAGACGCCACCUGGAUGCCCCAUCCACCACAUGCGGUGCCCGCGGCCCGCCCCACACCACCACCACCUGCAGACCCCUCCCUUGGCCGGCUCCCUGGGCCGCCAUCUGCGUGUACUUCAGGGCCUGGCUAUCUGGCGAGCCCUCCCCACCCACCCGCAGGCCUCACCUGGAGCUGUGGUCUGGCUGUGGAGGGCCGGGUGGUGGCUGUGUCCUGUCCCCACCCUGUCCCCACCCUGGCCGAUAAGGAGCACUCACUCUUCCUACCAUCCAGGGGCUCCUGGGAAAUUAAGGAGGGAUUUGCACAAGAACCCCCAGGACCCAGUCGCUGCUGUGGUCCCUUGGGCAGGAGGGGGCACCCUGUGCCUGGAGACAGCAGCCUAUCUGGGGCCACACAGCCAACCCAGCCCUGGUCCCUGAGGCUUGCCCAGGGCACUGGGCGGGGGAACAGGGGACAGAAAGCCUUCUCCUUGGGGAGGGUGGGAAGCCAGGGUGUCCUGGGCCCUGCUGCCUGGCAUGGCCUGAGAAGGGCCUGGUCUUCUCCUGGGUCCCUUCCUCUGACCCUUGUUGGACCCCAACCCAGACCCCCUUUUUCCAUGUAUCUGCUGGGCCAGCCCAUUUCAUAGGUGAGGAACCCGAGGCUCAGGGGCUUGAGACUUGGCCUCAGUUCUUCCUUCUACAGGGAUUUUCAGGAAAGGCAGAAGCUGAGGUGGUCCUGCAGCCCCCCACCUUCUGGGCCUCCCACCAGGGGCCCGGCCACCAAGGCCACAUCGUCCACCACCCCAGCCUAGAGCCUAGAACUGUAGUCCAGCUGAGGAAGGAGGCAGAGCUGGGGCCUGAAGGCUCUGAGCAGCCUCCGGCCAGGGGGCUCCUCCAGGGCUGAACCUGAGGAGGGCCCCUGUACUACCUUCUGGGCCAAGAAACUGGCAUAGCCCCGCACAGUCAGUGCCAAGAGGCUGCGCCAGGCCACUCUCUCAGCCCAGGGCCUGCCCUCCUGUGUCCUCUCACUUCUCUACGCCCUCAAGGCUGGAGACCCCGCUCCCAUGCCCCAGCUGUGCCAUCCAAAACACUUGGGCAGCAGCUCAGCAUGGGCAGACAUGGGGGCUGUGGAUUCUUUCAGGGCGGGGAUGGCAGAUGGAGCCCUUGGGCUCCUUGGGCCUAGAGCCACUUCUUACUGGGCCACGGGGACAGCCACCCUGGCACACCCUCUGCCUGGCUGUGCUGAACCUCUGCUGGUCCCAAGGGAGGAGGGAGUGAGCUGGGUCACCUGGGGAAAAUCUCAUCUCAUUCCCGCCCUGCCCGACCUCUGCCAGGGGCUAGAGAACAGAGCUGAGAGCACCCAGCGUGGGGAAACACAGCCAGACCGCUGUGGUGACAGACUUUCUUUAUAAACAUCUGGAAGUUUUCUGCCCCAUCUUGAUAAGGAGGAGGAGGCAGGUGGAGGAGAGUGGGCAGGAGCUGCCCGGUGCAGACCCAGGGCUACCCUUGCUGCGGCCGUGUCCUGAGCCUCCGUGAGGCCAACAGAUGGUCUCAGAGCCUCCAUGGGGCGUCACAGGAACAGGGCUUGGCUUCCUGCUUGUGACUGAUGAGAAAAGUGACCACGUGGGGGUCAGUCGGGGGCAAGGGGCUCAGCCCCACUGGACUCUGGGCUGCAGGGGCCACCCCCCAGGUGGGGGUGCCCGCAGGGAUGGGGGCAGCUCUUGGACUGGUGGCCAGCCCACGGGGUACUGGAAGACAGUGGUUCUGAUGGGUUCAGCCCUAGAGAGAGAGAGAGAAGGGGGGAGAAUUAGAGUGGGGUACAGCCCAGGCUUAUGCCACUCUCGGCCCACCUGCCUCACCACCCUGGCUGUGGGGAGGGUCAGCUGCCUGCACGACUUUUCUGGAAGGCAGAGUCUCAAAAAUAGGCAGACCCUCUGAGCCAGCGACCUCACCUCCAGGAACUGAGCCCAGGGAAACAGCGGGGUUGCGGGCAGACACUGAGCUACGAGAACAGCCAUGGGACAAUGGGAAUAACCUUCGUGUCCACCUGUGGGGGACUGAUUCAAUACAUAUGCACGUCCACAGCAGAGAAUGCCAUGCGGCCUGUGUCAGAAUUCAGGCAGACCUAUAUGCACUGAUGAGGAAAGACAUACUGUGUGAUAGGGAGAAAAAGCAGCUUAUAAAAUAAUGUAUAUAGCAUGAUACUAUUUUUGUUUAAAAAUAUAUAAAAUAUAUAAAUGCAUAAAAAAAUCCUGGAAGACACAGCAAAA